AAAAGCCAAAUUCAGUUCAAAUUCAACUGGCGCCGGAAGUGGACGUGUAAGUUAACGAAGUGCUCAAGUGCUCAAGUGCCGUUGUAUUACGGUAUUACGGUGUUGCGGUGCGGUGCGUGACAUUCCGUUGCUGAUACGGGCUUUAUUGCUAUCGCGUACACGGAUUUGAAAAGCGAUGCGACGCGUCGGUUGUGUGUGUGCUUGUUGGUGUUUUUGCAAUAUCUAGCGCUACGUCCUGGCUAUAUGUGAUAAAAUUGUAAAAAUUAAAACAUAAAAGUCAUAUGAAAUCGCAUUAAUGUGUUGCUGAUGUGCAGCUGUGGCGAAAGUGCAUAACGCUGCGACUGCAAAAGCCGAACGGCAAUCAAAUAAAGACGAGUUUACUGCUUCGAAAUGCACAGCUGCCCCAGUAAUGGUGGUGCUCGCCGAAUAGCCAGCUUUUAUGUGCGAGCAGCGCGUUGCAAUGUGAAGCAGUAAAGUGCAGUUAGUCGGUCUAACGGUGCACUUAAUUUUAUGCACCAGCUGCCAACUCGCCAGCUCGCACGCUGCCGGCAGUGUAACGCUUUAUGAGCAAAGAAGCAGUGAGUUUAGUGCGAAGGAAAAUGAAAACCGCAUAACUACGGUUAUGGACCUGUGCCAACGGUGAUGUUCGAAAUGUUCUCACAUGAUGACACAUAGAGACAACUAUUUAUAUAUACAUACUUAUGUAUAGUAUAUGCUGCCGAAAAGUGAAAGCACUUACAUCACGUAAAAAAUAACAAACAUAAAUAAUUAUAAAUAACUAAAUACUGAAUGAGCAAAAUAUAGCAAAAAGUUUGAAGCAGCAAAUAUCGCUAACCAACAAAAAAUUUAUUUCAGCUGAAAUGGUGAUGUGCUAGAGAUGCGCACAAAUAUGCAAAUUAGUGAAAAAAUGCACAAAAUAAUUUCGAAAUAAUUAAAAAUCGUAAAUAUAUCAUGUUACAAAUGGAAAAUGAAAGCCGAAAAUGCCGUGAAGUUUUUUGCAACGAAGUUAUGCUGUGGUGGCAAUAAAAAGCGGAAUGCAUUCAAGUGUAAUUUAUAAAAAGAAUUAGAUUAAUGGUGUGAUGUGCGAAAAAAUGUGAAUUUUUUCAGAUCAGAUAGAUAUCAAAUUCCAAACCACUCAUUAUGAGUUAUUUCGAAAAAACACCAAGCUAAAUUAUUUUAAUGACCGUUAGUUAACCGUAACGGAAUGUAAUGAAAUAAAAAAAAUAUGAGUUUGAAAAAAUAUGCUCAUUACAUACAGAUAUCAACCACUUCCAACACAUAUCAAAACGACAUAAUCAGCAGCAAGCGACCUAACACAACAAGCCCGUUAUACCAGUAAACAUAUCAACUUGUAACCGGGUCGCGUGCUCAAGUAACAAAAAAUUUAACAAAAUUAGAAAAAAAUAAUAACUUCCUAGCCCAAAAUUAGUUGGCUUGUAUUGCAUCUGGAGCGAGCGAGAGCAGUCAACGACGCCCAGCUGUUAAAAUGUUCAUAAUUACGGUCAUUAAGUUGCUGCUAAUUGCGCUGAACCUCUUUCCCAGCCGCUGGACAAACCGGAAAGUGAUGUUCCUCAUCUAUCUAACAAAUCUGGUGACACAUGUGAUGAUGGAUGAGCCACGUUUCGCGCAGCCGAUACCGAAUGUAACAGUUGCUGUUGGCCGAGACGCCAAUUUGCCAUGCGUUGUUGAGCACUUGGGUGGCUAUAAGGUCGCCUGGAUACACAUCGAUCGCCAAAUGAUACUUACAAUACACAAACACGUCAUCUCACGCAUACCACGCUAUACUAUUACCUAUGAUAAUGCCAACACAUGGCUGUUGCAUGUGAAUCAGGCGCAUCAAGAUGAUCGUGGCUAUUAUAUGUGCCAAGUAAAUACGAAUCCUAUGAUAAGCCAAGUGGGUUACUUGCAGGUUGUGGUACCACCGAAUAUCUUAGACAUCGAAAGCACGCCCUCAUCUGUGGCUGUGCGUGAAAAUCAAAACAUCAAUAUGACUUGCCGUGCUGAUGGCUUUCCAACACCGAAAAUAAUUUGGCGUCGCGAAGAUGGCGAGGAAAUUGCCGUCGAAAAGAAGAAGAAAGUUUUGGUCUACGAUGGCGAGGUGCUGCCACUGACAAAAGUUAGUCGCAAUGAAAUGGGCGCUUAUUUAUGCAUUGCCACCAAUGGUGUACCGCCCUCGGUGUCUAAAAGGAUUAUACUGGAUGUUGAAUUUUCUCCAAUGAUUUGGGUACCAAAUCAAUUGGUUGGCGCGCCAGCUGGCACCGAUGUUACAAUUGACUGUCAUACGGAGGCACAUCCUAAAGCAAUAAUUUAUUGGGUAUAUAACUCAGUCAUGGUGCUGCCAAGUAAAAAGUAUAAAACGGACUACACGGAGAAUUCCUACCGCGCUCACAUGAAGCUGACAAUAAGAAAUUUACAAUAUGGUGACUUUGGCAACUAUCGAUGCAUAUCUAAGAACUCGCUCGGCGAAACGGAAGGAUCCAUACGUGUUUACGAAAUUCCACUGCCAUCGACGCCCUCAAAGCAAGUCACACAUACCACAAUUGAAACGAGGGAAAACAACAUCAUACCCACACGCAAUGACUCCAUAAAUGCUAUACAAAAGGAUAUAUCCUUGAUGAAAGCGGAUUUGCUGGGUAGUGGCGCAUCCUCGGCUUCCUCCUCGCAUUCCGCCACCGCAUCUAUUACGGGAGGAAAUGGAAAUAGUCUGUCGGCGCUGGGCGGCUCCGGUAUAAAUGCCGUCGAUCGCAAGGGCACGUUGGCUAUUGGCAAAAGUAUGUACUAUACGGAGCAGCCACCCAAGCAGUUAGAUGGCUCAGCGGCUGGCGCCUUACACAAAUCACCAAGCAUUUUCUAUUUGUGUAGAUUUGCGUUAAUAUUCUUAUUAUUAAGAAAUCAAUCAUAAAAUUUAUGGUCUUAUGGCCAUUUAAAUAAUUAACAAAAUAUAACGAAUGAAAAUAUGAAAACUUAGAUAUAAAAUAAUUGUAAAAUAUGACAUAUUAAAGAAUUGCUAUUAAUUUAGAAAUUAAAAAAAAAAUCAAGAGUUGGCUAUGAUAUAAUUUAAUUAAACACGUUAAAAUUAUAUAAUUAUAUUUUUGUGACCACAGUUUGUGCUAUUUGAGCAGAGUACAGAGAAAAUUAUAUUGAGCUAUUAUGUAAAGAGUUGCAUUUUCAAUACUCUGAAAAUAUAGCUUUCUGCGUUUUUAAUACGCUACAUUACUUUGAUGAUUUGAUUGAUUCAUGAAAUUAAAACUCGAAAAUAUUAUACAGUUCUACAAAAAAAUUAUACUUUCCAUUCGCCCUGGGUAUCUUGACCAAUAACGCAUAUUUUGCUUAUUGACGAAGCUUUUCAGCCAGAAAUGAGCCAGAAAUCCGGAUCAUUUUCAAGUUGUUGCUUAGCCCAAUUCACAAACAUACGGCGAUUCAUGGUGGUCAUUCAUUCAUGGUGAUCAUGCGGUUUCAGUUCUUGCAUCUAUUUGAUCUUGUAAGGAUGUAGGUCAAGGUCCCAACGCUUGAGAACAACGUGCGAGAGAUUUGGGUUUUCCUCAAUUGAUGCGCUAUCGACAGCAAUAUUCUCGACACAACGGACAUUUCUUUGCCUCACUGGCACAGGAACAUUUUGUACUGUACCAGUGGAUUCAAAAUUUUUGCUCAGCUAACAGGACGAUUAUGACGACCAUAAAUUGGACGUAGCGCUCUUAAAGUUGAGGCGACUGACUCCGAAUUUCGGAGAAACUACUAAAGAGAAAUGUCAGAAGAAGAUCGGUCUAUUUUUGUAGUGUUGUUUUGGAAAACCCCAUUAUUUUUUCUAAACUUUUCUAUACACUCAAGUAUUUAAAGCGUGACCAAGUAAAGGAUGAUAUAUUAAAUUUUCAAAGUGGAAGGUCAUUGUUUCAAGUGCAUUGGUAAAAAAUAUCCGAAGCUUCGUAUGUAAAAGCUGAAAGUUGAAAUAUUUGAAUAACGAAAGGUAAAGAUAUGAUCAAGGUUAUGAAUGUUCUGACAAUUGAAACUUAGAGAAUUCUGGUUAAAUUUUCGGGUAAUUUUGGGAAAUUAUAGUAAAGAAGUGAGAGAGUGUUUCCAACAGGAACUAAAAGUGAUGGAAGAAAGGUAUUAAGGUUGAUGAGAUCAUUAUACGAUGCAAAAAUAUAGCUCAUCUUUAAAAUACACCUGAACCUUAAAAGGAGAUUUUCAACACAAUGAGGUAAAGACUUGAAAAAAGAGGGACAAUUUUACAAAACGAUUCACAGUUUCAUGAUUUGUACGCCCAAAUUUGUGCAUCCAGAAUCGAUGUUACAUCUAGGGCAACUAAACCACUGUAUAACAGUGUUAUUUGUUCUACCAAUUUUUUCUUCAAUUUUACAAUAAUUCACUUAUCGCAUAAUGUGCAAACAGGACGAAGAGCCAUUAAGAAUUUGUCUUUAAAAUUUCACUCAAAGGUAAUUAUAAAAUUAAAGUAUUUACCAUUUUGUAAAUAUUUUUUUUUUAAUUAAGUCAAAUACAUGACCAAUCUUAGUUUAAAAACUUGGAAAAAAAAAUUUGAGCGCAGAUUUCAAAUACUAGAUAAAAAUAUAUGGGCCGCAAGAAAAUGUAUAACUUCACUGAAAAUAUAAUAAUAUUUUGGUAAAAUCAGAUAUUAAUAAAUUCCCAAAAAAGUCUGACUAAACCGUUUCAAAUGUUCAUUAAUAUCGUUCAACGAGUUCUGCUCUCUGAUGAUUUUCGCUUUACUCAACUCACUCACAACAAAUAGUCACAAGGCGUGGCAAAAACUAAUUUGCUCAGUAUUUGAAAAUGUUAAGCGAAAUUAUAAUCAUAAGCCGCUUAAUUUCAUAAAGUUUUUUUGGAAUACAUAUAUUUAUCAAGUUAAUAAGAUAUUCUGUAUAUAGACUUUGAAAAAGCAUACAUGUUACUAGCAUAUACCAUAUAGUAAAUAUAAGUAUGUUUGUAUGUAAGCAAAGCUUAUCAGUUAAAUUUAUCGCAUACGCCUAAGUAUUUAUAAAUAAACUAUAUGUAUGUAUGGGUGUAAUAUAUUAUAUAAGUUAUAAAAUAUAGCGCAUAUACAUUGAUAAGCAUAUACUUUACAUAAGCAUUUAUGAAUACAUACUUACAUAAAUGUUUGAUUCCAACAGAAAAGUCAAUAACGGAAUCGCAAGCUUUGUUUUUGGCAGCGCGGGUACUUAUAUAAGUAAGACUGUUAGAUAUGUAUAUAGUUAUAUAAAAUAUAUAAAUUUUUUGUUGUUGUAAAAUGCUUAAAUGAUUUUUAUAUAUUUUAUAUAAAAAAGCGUGUUAAGAAAUAAUUUUCACUUCAUAUUUUUGAAUAAAGCGCAAAGGCUUUGUCGCUUAAUAAUUAAUUUUAAUUUUGUUUACUCAAAAACAAUUAUGCAAUAACAAAAAUUAUUUAUUUUUCCACCAUAGUGACAACUUCCCUAUAUAAUAUUCAGGGCAUAAGGGGUAUGGAUUCGGUAAUGUUUAAGGGCAGUGCUAAAGAAAUUAUCGCAAUUUUUUGAUUGCGUAUACAUUCGAAAAUACUUACUGAAUGAUAUUUCGGAUUUUUCAGUAUUCAAAAAAAAUUCAAAUCAAUAAACAAUUUAAAUUUGUGGCAACUUCUCAAAACUUCCCUUUUCAAUGCGGUCACCUUUUUUUCAAAUUCUUACUAAUCGCUUGGCUUGUUGUUGUUGUCUGAAGCGACAUCUUCCGCGAGUUUGUUUGAAUGAUUUGGAUAUUUUGUUUAUGAAAUGCGUGUUUGCUCGACUCUUCCCGAUUUUUUCAAAAAGUAUACCGUAAAUAGGUCUCUUUGGGCAUGCUUGAUCCUGUAAAUUCCGAUCCCACAUUCAUUGAGAGCAUUAUAACUGCCGAUGAGACAUGGGUUUAUGAGUAUGACAUGCAAACAAGUCAACAAUCAACGGAAUGAUGGGAAAAACGUGCUGAAACCAACAAAAUCACUCCAGAGCUGCUCGAGAUGCGUGGUUUGGUGCAUCACGAAUUUGUUCCGCGGAGACAGGCGGUCAAGAAGGAGUUCUAUUUGGCCGUACUGAGGUGUUUGCGUGAGAACAUCCGGCCAAAACGGCUGGAUUGUGAAAGAAAAAUUCAUGGAUUUUACACGAUGAUAAUGCACCAUCGCAUUGAGCUAUGAUUGUGAGCGAAUUUAAAGCGAAAAUAGCAUUGAAUACCAUCGAUCAACCAUCGUAUUCAUCAGAUUUGGCUUCGUAUAAUUUUUACCUGUUCCGCAAAACUGAAAUAUCCUCUCCGUGGAACGUGUUUUCUGUCGAACGAAGAGAUAAAACAAAAUUGGCCCAUAAAGUGCUUAUGAAAAGUGUGGAAGUGGAAAAAAAUCGUUGGCAUAAAUGUAUUACGUCUGGUGGGGCGGCACUAUAAAUAUUGAUGAAUAAUUAAAUAUUUGUCAAAGUCAAAGUCAAAGUAUGCGUGAUUUUCUUUAAGUGGUUUUUUAAUACUCGCUGUUUGAGGUUAUGUAUAACACUUGCAGUUAUUCGUAUAACGAUUUUUAAUGCAAAACUUAUUUAAAGUGAAUUAUUCAAUUCGCGACAAUGCCAAAAAUCCUGCUCUGCAUACAAGCAUAUUCUUAAUUAUUAAUUAAUUUCCUGACAAAACAAGUCAUUGGAUUAUCAUCAGGCUUAUUACUGCCGCAGCCCCUCUGAGAGCAGCUCUUAGUACCAAUGAUUGCUCUCACCGAACAGAGAAUAUGCUAUCGAGUAUGUGCUAUCUUUCGGCUGCAUUCCAGCAGUCUCCCUUUAUUGCUGUUUAAUUCUAACAGCUCAGCUGCUUAAAUUACGUUUUUAUUUAUUUUAAUCUUAAUCCAAAGCAUACUUGACACCUUAAACCGAUAUGUAAAUAGUUUUAGCGAUAAUGUAUGUAAAUAAUUAUAAGGCUAAGAUAAAUAAAUUAAACUAAAUUCGCAACGCUGCAAUCAUCAAUAAUAUACAAUAAAGCAUUUCUAGCAAUUAGCAGGUGUACAAUAAAUUAAAUGGUGCAUUUCAAGAAGCAAAAAAUGUAAAAAAAAGUUUCGUGAAUAUAUUAGCGAGGGAAAAACUAAUAAAUAAAAUAAUUGAUAAAAGCAAAAAUAACGGAAGAUUAAUUAAACAAAUUGCGGAUAAUGAGUUAUGUGUAUGCAAAUGUUAUUUAAGCGAUAAAUCAGAUAUGCAAUGUAGAUAAAAGCACAAACAUAAAAAACAAUAGCAAAAUGUGACAUGCUUAUAAAUACAUACAAGCAGAAAAACAAAUAUUAAAAAUAAUAAAAUUAGCUGUUUAAAUGUAAAAAAACGGCAGCAUGAAUACAGCAGCGCGUUAUUGUGCAGAAACCAGCUUCAAUGGCGCGCAGUGGUUAUUGGAAUCUAAUUAUGUACUUACAUAUGUAUGAUUAUGGAAACAUGCAUGAGAGUGUAUGCGAACAUGAGAGUUGUGUUUUAUGCAUUUAACAAUAAUAAUUAUUGAUGUACCAUAAUCAGAUUGAUUUUUUGUUGAUUUUUUACUUUGAGUUAAUAGUAAAAAAUAGUAAAUUAUUUAAUAUAUUACUAAUAAUUUUUUUUUAGUUCUUUUACCAAAUAUUUAUCGUAAAUUGAAUAUAUAUAGUAAGCGCUUAACUUAAAGUUAGCAAAAUUUAGACGAAUUUCAGUUUAUUUCCGUAAAAAUUGUAUAUAAUUACUUUCCAAAAAAAUAUAAUGCAGAGGUAUAUAGUAACGUACAUAUAUAUACAUAAUACAAAACAAUGUAUCAUCAAAAUUGAGUUUUUUAUUGCUUACGAUUCAACUAAAUCAUAUUACAUACAUAUAUGUUAUAUAAAAUUUUCAGCUUCGACCCAAUAUGUUCAGUUCAGCAUCACUUUUACAGCAUGUUAACUUCCAACUCUUUGCUGGCUUAUUCGAAGUGGAAAUCAUACUGAGGCGUCAUAUUACAUGACCCAAGUGCCAGCAAAGUGUUGAAUGCAAAGACACUGAGACCAACGAUAUUAACGCAGCUGAAUAACAUUCUGGAAUUCUUAGCCAGUAGCACUCACUAAUUAACGAAACGGAUUUUUAUACCCUGACAGGCUAUACUGACACAAAAUUUGUAACACCUAGUAGGAACCGUCGGGAAUCCUUUGUAAUAAAAAAAUAAUAUAAUCAAUUUAGUCAAGUUCGUCUGUACACCAGUAUAUGAGCAAAUGAGUUCUUCAGUUUUCGAGAUAUCGGCCUGAAAUUUUGGAAACGUCUUCCUCUCGCCAAGAAAUUGCUCCUUUGUCGAAAAUUCCACUAUCGUACUACUAUAGUAUGCAUAUACAUAAAUAGCAUACCAACUGACCGAUCAAAUUUAAGUCUUUGUUUGGAAAACUACAGCAUACCCUUCAGUGCUAUAACAAAUGUACCUAGGAAGGGUAUUAUAAGCUCGAUUCAGCCGGGGUUAACACUUUUUCAUGUAACUGUAAACAAUAAAUCCUUUAAAGGCUCUGCUGAAAAAAAUAGUCUUGUAGAUUUCCGACACGGAACACGAGUUUUGAAAGUAAGUAUCAACGAUUUUGAAGCCAGACGAAAAACUCCUGUAGUUGAUUUCAACAAUUUGCAAAAUACACUGAAUCUACCACAAAUUUGCUUAAAUGUUUUCUGAUUUUUUCUGCUAUUUAUUAAAAGUAUGAGAUCGGAGGUAUUUUCGCCUUGUUCUAGCAAAUGUGAGACUUUCGAGGAGGAAGUGUUACGAGGAUUCUAUCACGUCUUCUUUCAAACAGCUGAUGCUAAUCCAUUAGAACUCCUAGAACUAUUGAAAGGUGGUCGUUUCGGCGUGGAAGAGUUCCAUAGACCUCUUACGAUCUACCUGUGGCCAGAAGGACUUUGCGAUUGCACAGCUGCUGAUGGUUGAUCAACGCUUGCUAAGCUGGUCUGAGGCCCAUCAGUCCACUGGUGAACUACAAUGCUGUUCCUAUUUCACAGUUCAUCAGAUUGAGCUAUCUGUUCUAACAAUCUCAUCAGCCUUACACUUUACUGCAAUGCCGCUGUGACCAGACAUCCAAGGCAAACUAAUCAUAAAAUAAAAAGCAUAUCACCUAACUAACGCAUAUUAAAAUUAUUGGGAUUCUUCAACUGGGGCAUUUUACUUUAAGCGCGUGAAAUGUGAGUGCAUAACUGCUUUGCGCUUUUUGAAGUGACUGUUAUAUCAUUCUUAUUAACACGGUUUAUUAUUUAGUUACUCAUUUUGAAUUGUCAAAUAAUCUGCACGAAUCUCGUAUAGAUUCUGAGAGUCUUAAUGACUACGAAGCUAUUUACCUCACGCUUGUUUUUCAUAAUUCUGGGAACCUUCAAUUUUUCAGAAGACGUUUCAGUUCAACAGCGUUUCCUUUGCUCGUUUUAUUCAAUAUGCAUAGCAUUUUUCGAUAAGUCUGGAAAAUCUAGUUUGCCAGAAAACACUUCCUAAACUUAUAAUACAGAACGGUCGAAAUACCAAAAGUCAGCAUAAAGAGAAUCUACACCUCCAGUGAGUGCAUUACCUCCACUUCAAAAUGUCUGAAAACAAUUACUCGAACUUAAGGCCAAAAAAGUAAAGUGUGAUUUUUUUUUAUUCCUGAGCGCUUAUGAGGCAUUUCAUUAUAAUUUUUUAGCUUUGAUAGAAAAUGUUGUUUUCUUUGGCACAGAGUUCGUGCAAAUAAGUUCAAAGUAAACUUUGCAUGAAUGCUAUUGACUUCAAUUUUUUGGAAAUCAUCAAUUGUUUGCACUUAAUGCGUUGUUAAUAACUGCAUUUUAUUUAUAUUAAACAACAAAAAUGUAUUUAUAAAUAAUGUGUGGCAAUAAAAACCUACCAAGUUAUGUAAUUCUACGCGAAAAAAACUUUGAAUAAUAAAAAAUUAUUUGUAUUUGAGGUAAUUU